UAACAUGAAUAGACGUACAUUACAAAUAAACGAAAUAGAUAGUGAAAAGAAACUAAUGAUUCAUAGGCAACAAAAUAAAUAUGUAAAGAACAAAUUGGAUCAGAUAAACGAAUGCCAAAAGAAAUUAUUUGAAAAUGAAAUAGAAAUCAGAAGAAAAUUUAAUUUAGAUAAAGAUGCACAAAAUUUAAUUAUUGAGAAUUAUAUUAAAGGAAAUUCGGAAUUUGGUGAAGCAUAUGAACGUUAUAAGAAUAAUAAAAGGUCUAACAAGGAGCUAGAGGUAUUUUAA